CUACAUAGCGUCUAGUCGUUACAGGGGUCUCUUAAACACAGCAUUUCAAUCUGAGAUUCCUGUCCAUCAGUCUAAAUAAAUUUAAUCAUUUUCAUGGAAUAGAGUUUGUGGUAUAUUCUGCUUGAGAAAGGAUGGAGUGCAAUCAAACGAUGAUAUUCUUAUUGUGCACACUCUACGUAUGCGUUACGAUAGCUUCUGGGAAAAACAUUGCGACAAAAAUAAAAACCUCGGAUGAAGAUGAUACAGAACCACGAGCGUCGGGCAACUUAUGCUUGACGCCAGCAUGCAUUCACUCGGCAUCGAGGAUUCUGAUGAGCAUGAAUUCGAGUGUCAGCCCGUGCGAUGAUUUUUAUGAAUUCACUUGCGGCAAUUAUGCGAAUUCAGUACCGUUAGCCCCGAGCGAACUCAGGAUAGAUCCACAUGUGGAGGCUGCUCAAAUCAUGACGUUUCGCUUGCAACAGCUUAUAGAGGAGAUCGACGAAACGAAUUCGCCGAAGCCCUUCAGACUGGUGAAAACGUACUACGAGCAAUGCCUGAACGACUCACCAAGUUGGAGGAAUGACACUGCGCUAUUAAAAGCAACAAUGGAAAAAAUUGCACAAGGGAAUGGAUGGCCACUCAGGGAACUCGAAAGUUGGAACAUGACGAAUUUCAAUUAUACCUUAUCAUUUUUAUCCCUAUUUCACUUUAGCUUUGACUCAAAUAUGGAGAAUAUUACAGACUCGGUUCUCAAUCUCGGCGAACGUAAUCCACCUCUUGACAGUCAUUAUUUUGCGGAAGGUUUCUCCAAUGAAGUUGUUCAAGCUUAUUAUCAGUAUAUGAUCGACGUUGCAGUUUAUCUCGGUUGUAACGAGACGAAAGCAAAAACUGACCUCAACGAAACUUUAUCGUUGGAAAUAGAACUUUAUCAGAAAGUAUUCACCAAGCACGAUGAUCCCGAUGAGUUCAGCCAUUAUUCAAAAGUACUGUAUGGAGAGUUGGCGAAAAAGUAUCCCAUAAUUUUUUCAAACCCAUCCAAAUUUGAUGCUAAUACUCCCGUACAGUUGGAAUUCGAUGAAGAAACGCUCGAUAGAGCAAUUAAAUGGUUAUCUACCAAGCCAAAACGAGCUUUAGCGAAUUGGGCAGCAUGGAGAAUCGUAGCAGCAAAAGUUCCUUACGUUUCAUCAUACUUAAGUCAUAUUGAUUCAGCUUUCCGGCAGAUCAUUAAUGGAAAAAUAUCAGAUACGUGCGUUUACAAAACUCGAAACUCUUUGGGACUCGCUCUGUUUGCUUUGUACCAGAGAAAAUACAUAAGCCAAAGUUCCGUCGAUGACGUCGUCGCGAUGCUUGGCAACAUAAAAGAACAAUUUUUGGAACUCGUACAAAAGGUUGAAUGGCUGGAUGACGAAACGAGGAAAAAAUUUGUUGAAAAAGUGUCAAAGAUUGAAAGCAAUGUCAUUCUUUGUCGGGAACCGAUAAGCGACGACGAACUCGAAGCUUUUUAUAGUGACCUUGAAUUGUCAAACAGUUCGUUUUGGGAAACUUCCAAAAUUGUAGCCAAAUUCUACGAUAUGAAAUCUUUAAAUAUCAAGCUCCCUUUCGUUCCUUUGAGCCGGAAUUUCUGUGGAAAAUCCUGGUUUUAUACUGCAUACCAUCGGAGAUUCAAUUAUUUAGCAAUAAGUACUGGAUCGCUAUCUGGAUUCCUUUACGAUAUCGAUCGACCGAAGUAUCUGAAUUACGGGCUUUAUUCAGAGGGAAUAGGUCACGAAUCAGGGCAUAGUCUCGAUGCCACGAACAUAAAUUAUGAUACGAAUGGAAAUCUAAAGCCAUGGUCUAAUUUGAAAAGUAAAAACAACUACAUGGACCGCGUACAGUGCUUUAUUGAUCAGUAUGAAAAUUAUACUAUCGACGGCUCCAAAAUCCACUUGAACGGUUAUUCGACUGUAGGUGAGAAUAUGGCCGAUUACACCGGAGCAAAGACGGCUCGUCGUGCCUACGCUAAAUGGGCAAAUACAAGUCUUCCAGAACAACGUUUGCCUGGACUGAAUUAUUCGGCCAAUCAAAUGUUUUGGAUUGCAAUGGCUAAUUCCUGGUGUGCGAAAUAUCGAGCGCCAUUUAUGAAAAAUCUUCUCUACAUUGACGAACAUGCUCCAAAUAAAUUUCGAGUUAAUGGGCCGCUAUCAAACAUAGAAGAAUUCUCGAAAGAUUUCGGAUGUCGUUUGGGUACCAAAAUGAAUCCAGAGAAUAAAUGUCACUUGUGGUGAGCUUUUUCCCAAGCAGUACGCAAGCCAUUAGGCAUUUUUUAACACCAGCGGGAUUCAAAUAACAAUUAAUUUUUUGUCAUUUUUUUUUACCUUCAAGUCUCUCAAGUUUUCUCAAUUUUCUCAAUUUUUAAUAACACCGACGCCUCAGUAAUGAUUAACACGAGUGUUAUAAAGUCCCAAUAAGUACCCACUAUAAAAAAAAUCUUCUCUGACAUCGCUAGUUUCGCUCACUUUUCUAUCUUUUUUCCCAACGCCAUUUUUCGUCUAAAUUUUCACUCCAAAUAAGAGAAAUGAAUGGAACGACAAAAGGAUAUUAAAUAAUAAGUAACCAUGCAAUCGACAAUAGACAAUAUGUGUUUAUUCAUUUAAUAUUUUCGCUAUAGUAUCGCAAUAGUUAUUCAUAUGUAUAGGUACUUAAUAUGAAUUGUCGCUCUAACAGAUCGCUGCGCCUACAAACGUGUCGGCCAAAUGUUUCAUUUACUUAUAGAUAUAUGUAUACAUAUGUACACGUACGAUAUACACACAUAUGCAUAUAAAUAUACGUGCAUAGAUUUUA